CGGUCUGUAGCAGCGACUGUGCGAUCCUCACUGCGCGACUACGUAGCAGCUAUUCGCCGUUAUUCUGAUAAAUUUCCGAAAGCUGUAACUUCCUUUAUUAAUCCCGUCCAACUGAUAUGCUGCCUCGAUACUGUAAAAUGCAGAACUUGCCUUCUUGACUCUUGAACUAGAGCAACCAUUCCGACCAUCAUCUGGAUUGUCUUGCUCCGCAUGACGGCCACAUGUGUGACGCGCUUAUCUAUCUUCGACCAUACUGUUAUCUAGCUUCUUUUUUUGAUGGACUCUUCGAUAAAGUCUUGCUUUUUCGUCUCUUUCAAACAGCGACGUGGGGCGAUGUCUUCUCUUCAGGAUGAAUGGCAGCAUUCAGGGAUCUUGGAAGAAAAAAGGAGCUAUUGUGGAGCGCGCUGAUGUCUUCGAUCCGCUGAUAUCAAAGCUUUGUAAGAGUGGUGUCGAAGGGAGAGGAGUGGAAAGAGUACUUGUUUACUUUCUCCUUUGUUACGGCCAUGUGGUCGCCGCGAUAGUAGUCUUUGGCUUCGUAUCAGCGGUGCUCACAUCUCUUGUAGGGACCCUUGGACCAAAAACCGGGCUUUGCACGAUGAUUAUUGCGCGCUUCAGCUCCGGCUACCUCGGUGGAAUCGUGUAUUCUAUACUCAAUGUUCUAUCUCAACUCGGAUUUGUAGUUACGUGUAUCAUUCUUGGCGGUCAAACUCUCGCAUCGGUCAACACGGGUUCUCUUCCUCUUGUCGUUGGCGUUAUCAUUGUUUCUAUUUGCAAUCUUAUCCCGUGUUUUAUUGGAUAUGAUGUGGUCCACAUUUACGAAAGAUACGCAUGGAUCCCUCUCCUCGUGGUAAUGUUUUUGCUUUGGGGAUUGGGCGGCCAUACAGGUUUCGAUAUUCAAGCACAGAAAUCUGCUGAGGAGUCCGGACGGGCACUAACCGCAAAUGUACUGAGCUUCGGUGGAGCGUGUUCUUUUUUCUUACAUUUUUUCGGGAUUUAUGUUCCGACUUCUUUCGCUGAAAUUCUUGGUGCGGCAUUGAUGACCAUCACAAAGCCCGGGUACCCCGAAUCCUUUGAAAGCGGAAGUUUGAGCGGUCUCCUCGGCCAGAUCCUGACGCCUUGGAAAGGCUUCGGAAAGUUCUUGCUCGUCGUUCUGGCAUUGUCUGUCAUCACUAAUAACAUCCUGAACACUUACUCCGUCGGACCGUCUCAUUUCGCCGAGAUCCUAUCUAAUUUUCUCGCCAUCCUCGGAUACUGGUCAUCGUUCUCCAUCGUUGGCGUCCUCGAAGAGUACUAUAUUUCUGGGAGAAGGACUGUUCCUCUUGGCGGAUAUAACCUAGACGAUUGGGACUCCCGAGCGGCCAUUGGAAUUGCUAGUAUAUUGGCAGGAUGCUUUGGCGCUCUUGGGGCCAUCAUUGGGCUGUCUGAAGUUUGGUACACCGGUCCGAUAGGGAAAAUGACUGGCGACGCAGAUGUAGGAUGCGAGCUCGCGACUGCCUUUUCUGCUAUAACCUAUCCGCCAUUCAGAUGGCUCGAAAUCAGGAAUUUUGGGAGAUGA